AUGGAAGCCAGUGCACAGCUCGACGAGUCUGCGUACUGCCGCAACUCCCAGGAUGCCUGGGCAUCUUUUCUGGAGGCUCGCUUCGAUGCACAUGGUCGGACCGCGGGCUCCUCCGGAAGGGCGGCUCGUUUGCGCAUGGCCGAACUUGAGCUUGAGUCCUUGCGCACGUACACGGCUCUGUCCAAGCGGCGUCGUAAUGCUGUCACUGCAUGCGGAAGUGUGCCCCCGGAGGUUCUAGCCAUCAUCUUCGCGUUCGCCCAGGAUAUAUGGGAGCCUGAAUGCAUCCGGCCGGAUACAAUCAAUAAGAAAGCCAAACCAAGUUACAGGAUGGGCUGGAUGUCUGUCCUUCAUGUCGUAUACUCUUGGAGAAAGACGGCUUUGGAUAACCCUCAACUUUGGACCAGGCUGGAAUGCCUAGACAUACACCCCCAGUUUAUGCCACGGACGCUUCUCAAUUCAAGGCACAUGCCUCUUCGGGUUCAUGUUCGCGAUGGAGAUGCCUCAGGCUUCUUGGAUAUCGCCGCACCACCACUGGCAGUCGUCCACGGCUGGCUUUGCACUCCUGUGAUAAAACGUACGGAGAAACUGGUUAUCGCGGCGAGACAUGGCAUAUUCGAGUCUUGGAUGGCCGCACUGAACGCCCCGGCACCGAUCAUGACAGAGUUGGAACUAGGCGUCGUGUGCCAACGCAACCAACCAUUCCAUUUACAAAACGCACUUUUCGCGAACCAAGCUCUUCCAAAGCUCACUACGCUCUCUCUCACCGGUUGCCUCCCAGGAUGGGACUCUCAUCUCUUCUCGUCAAAUUUGACGAGCCUAAGAUUAUCACUGGCACAUAUCGACUUCGACGCUGGGAUGAACCAUCACGACUUCCUCCCGACUACAUCAAUCUUCAGACAGCUACUUGCUCCCAUGAAAUCCCUUGCCGAGCUGUACCUGCACAACUUCUUCCCACGGGACGACUCAUCGCAUGAGGCCCCGCUUGCGCUCCCAUCGACGUUGAAGACUUUCGAAUGUACCUGCGAUGAAUGGGAUGCUUUCAACGAGUACCACCAAAACCUGUGGCCUUGCAUCGAGAUACCUCGCGACGCUGUAGUCGUCUUUGACAUCCAGAUCGAGGCUUUCGAAGAGCUGGUGGACGGAAUCGCCGGUGAUUUGUUCAUGCCUUUGCUAGCAAUGAAUAACCGAGAACAUCCUGCUCAGGAGUUGUACCUUUCUGCACACGCGAUCAGUCUUCGGUACUCGUCUCAAAAACGCCAAGGAUGGACGUGGCAAUGGCCGGACGAAGAUUCAACGUCGGACAGAGAUGCGCUCGCUUACGAUCGAGAGUCGGGCAGCAGGCACGUCAUCGCCUGGACGCCUAUGUGCGAUAAUGUGCCUCAGCUACCUCUGGAGACGCUACAAGCCGUCUAUUUCUGCUCAGAUGCGAUGCACCACUACGCAAGUCCAGCCAAGUGGCUCGAUGUCUUUGGUCGCGCUCGCGAGGUGGAACGCCUCUCAAUCCCUUACUUAAAUAGCCUCAAUCUCCUCUCCGCUAUGGUUCCCCAAGGGGACGAAGAUCUACACUCCCUCUUUCCUUCCCUCAAGGUCCUGAUCAUACACACGGGUAGUCUGGAAGAGGAGAAGGCGAGCGCGUACCACGCCGCUGUAGAUCUAUCUCUGGUGCACCUUCUCGAGAUGCGCGGGCAAGCAGGCGGCCCAAUUCGGGAGCUUCUGGUUCACAGGUCCAUGGUAUCUUGGGAGAUCUGGGAUAGGGUCAGGGAAAGCACCUCCGUUAGCUUCUUUGGACAGUGA